GAUUACCAAUUAAUAACAAUGGCGGUUCCAUCGGCGGCAACGGUGACGGCUUCGCCGGUCUCAUUGUACGUUGGGGACUUGCACCCUGACGUCUCUGACGCUAAUCUUAUCGAAACUUUCUCUGAGUUCAAGAGCUUGGCCUCUGUUCAUGUUUGUAGGGAUUCUUCUACCGGAAGAUCUCUCUGUUAUGGCUAUGUCAACUUCAUCUCUCCUCAGGAUGCACAUCAUGCUAUUGAGGCAAAGAAUCAUACCUUGCUGAAUGGGAAAAUGAUAAGGGUGAUGUGGUCACUUCGAGAUCCUGAUGCAAGAAAAAAUGGAGUUGGAAAUGUGUUUGUUAAGAAUCUCAGUGAUUCAAUUGAUAAUGUGGGACUGCAAGAGUUAUUCCGCAAGUUUGGGAAUGUAAUAUCUUGCAAAGUUGCAACGUUUGAGGAUGGGAAGAGUAAAGGUUAUGGCUUUGUUCAGUUUGAGUCAGAGGAAUCUGCAAGUGCUGCUAUUGAGAAGCUUAAUGACACCAUUUUUGGGGAUAAGCAGAUAUAUGUUGGGAAAUUUAUGAAAAAGAGUGAUCGGGUUUUGCCAAGUCCUGAUGUCAAAUAUACAAAUUUGUACGUUAAGGAUUUGGAUCCAGAAAUCACAGAAGAGACUUUGCAAGAGAAGUUUUCCGAGUUCGGGAAAAUCGCUAGCCUGGUUGUAGCAAAGGAUGAAAAUGGAGCCUCUAGAGGUUUUGGCUUUGUGAACUUUGAAAAUCCAGAUGAUGCUAAGAAGGCAAUGGAAGUGAUGAAUGGAUCACAACUAGGCUCAAAGGUUAUAUAUGUAGCAAGGGCACAGAAGAAAGCAGAACGGGAGCAAAUAUUGCGUCAACAAUUCGAGGAAAGACGAAAAGAGCAGAUCAUGAAAUAUAAAGCUUCGAAUGUUUAUGUGAAGAAUAUUGAUGAUGAAGUCACCGAUGAAGAACUGAGAGAACAUUUUAGUCAGUGUGGAACAAUCACUUCUGCAAAACUUAUGCGAGAUAAUAAAGGAUUAAGCAAGGGGUUCGGAUUUGUUUGUUUUUCUUCUCCUGAGGAGGCUGCCAAAGCUGUGAGCACAUUUCAUGGCUACAUGUUUCACAACAAGCCAUUGUAUGUUGCUAUCGCUCAAAGGAAGGAGGAUAGACAAGCACACUUACAACUUCAGUAUGCGCAGCGUAUGGCCGGACUAGCAGGGCCUUCUACAGCUAUUUUCCCUGGAGGAUAUCACCCACUUUACUACACAGCUCCAACCGGCGUCGUUCCACAAGUACCUCCACGGCCAGGAAUGAUGUACCAACCUUUAGGUUUGAGGCCAGGAUGGAGGGCUAACGGCUUUGUACCCCCAACCAGACCAGCCUUUCAACCAUCAUCGUUGCCCAUGGUUCCUAGUAAUCCAAGGCAAACUAGACAAAACCGGGGUCGUAUGAACGGGCAUGCUCUUCCACAGGGUGGUUCUCACUCUGUCACAUAUGUACCACAACUGCAACAACCAACUCAGACAAUCAUUCCUUCAAAGGAUCAAAGUAACUUACAGCGGGGUGGGCAAGCUAAAUAUGUACCAAAUGGUCGUGCACGAGAGGUGAACAAAGGAUCUAGAGUCCCACCAGCGGCUUCCAAUUCUGUUGCAGCUGUAUCACAAGGAUCUGAGGUGCUGAGUAGCAUGCUUGCUGCAGCUUCCCCCGAGCAGCAAAAAACGAUACUCGGCGAACGAUUGUACCCCCUUGUUCAGAAACACCAGCCUGAUCUGGUUCCGAAAAUCACAGGGAUGCUGUUAGAGAUGGACAAUGCAGAACUGCUGCUGCUAUUAGAGUCACCAGAAUCUCUGGCUGCCAAAGUGGAGGAAGCUGUGGAGGUUCUGAAGCUGUCAAAUGCAAAAGUAUCUGGACAAGAUGUUCUUCAUCCCAGUUUCCUGUCUGCUGAAGUUGCUGUCAACUGAAAUCCCCAGCACAAUUGGGCAUUGGAAAUAAAGAAUCGAGGAUGUUUUUGGUUUUUGGGAAUUUUCUUAUUUCAGUUUAGUUUUCUUUGUAGGAUGAUGUUUUUGGUUGCUACUUUGAACAGUCUGCUAUUAAGUUUUUUUAUCUUAAAACCCCCGUCUUACAUUUUAUAUUUUUAUUUAAGAGAAGUAUUUUGGUUGGUUGUCAAAC